AUGAAUCGCCUAUUCUCCUUUGGCAAACAAGACGCUGCUUCUUCAAACAGCAGCACAGCAAGCGAAGCGGGGGAUCGAGCUCUUCCCGCACAGUGGUAUCGUUCGCCAGCCCUUUAUUCCCUUGAGCGGCGAGCAAUCUUCUCCAAGAAAUGGAUGGUCAUUACCCACGAGACACGCUUCCCCAAUUCGGGUGAUUACGUGCAGUAUACAGUCGCUGGGUAUAAUUUUUUCGUCAUCAAGGAUCGCAAAAACACCAUUCGGGCCUUUCAUAACGUUUGUCGGCAUCGAGCGUACCCUGUUAUGGAAUCCGAGUCCGGGACGGCAAGCAUCAUUGCUUGCAAAUAUCACGGGUGGUCUUACGGCCUGGAUGGUAAACUUGCGAAGGCGCCGAAAUAUCAAGACAUCGACGGGUUCGACAAAAGCACAAAUGGAUUGUUUCCCGUUCAUGUCCAUAUCGAUAAGCUGGGGUUUAUUUGGGUGAACUUGGAAGCUUCGAUGGAGCCUACCUUCUCAUGGGAGAAUGAUACUGGUGGUGUCGACCGGCAGCCACGCCUACAGCACUUCAAAAUGUCUGAAUAUCGGUUCGACCAUCAGUGGAGUAUGAUGGGCGAUUACAAUUGGAAAACACUCGCUGAUAACUAUAACGAAUGCUACCACUGUCCAACCGGUCAUCCAGGUGUCAAUUCCGUCUCAGACCUUUCAAGAUAUCAUGUUGAGGUGAACAGCGGAAUCAUCGAGCAUUACAACACGAACAAGGAAGAUACGACGGGAUUCGAUAUCAAUAGCUCUUUUUACUUCCCCAAUGCGUCUAUUACUAUCUCUCCAAUCUUUUUUUACAUGAUGAGAUGCAUACCUGUCUCAGAGUCUCAAACUCUCAUGGAGUAUGAAGUAUACCGGCAUAAAGACGCACCAGAAGCCGAAUUCACCGAGAUCAGUGAUUUUUUUAAGCAGGUCCUUCAUGAAGAUAAAGACCUUUGCAAUGCUGCGCAGAAAAACCUGAACACGGGCAUCUUUACCAACGGACAGCUGCAUCCUAAUGCAGAGAAGGGACCUUUAUACUUCCAAAAGCUAGUUCGAGACUUGGUCUUUAAGCAUCGGCAGGAGGAAGAAGAGGCUGGUCUGGAUAUUUGGCCAGCAACACCUCAGCAUGUCAAGACUGCAAAGGUCGAUGAAGAACUACAGUUCUGUCAGGGGCUCGACUGUGCAUUAGAUAAAUCUCUAGCAUGGUAG